CCAUUAGAUCCAAACUCAAAAUUGGAAGCGAGCACAGAUGAAGUUACUGAUUUGGAAAAUAUCCCGUAUCAAGAACUGAUUGGUUCAUUGUUAUAUCUGGCUACGUGCACGAGACCAGACAUCUCCUACGCGGUCAAUUACUUAACCCAAUACAACACACGAUAUAACUCUACUCACUGGACCGCCGCCAAACGCGUACUUUGGUACUUGAAAGGCACGGCCGACAUUGGAUUCAUCUACAAAAAAACCGAAAAAACAGUAGAGGGAUACGUCGACGCAGACUGGGCAAAUUGUACGUCUGACAGAAGAUCAUAUACCGGAUACGCCUUCAUUCUAAGCGGAUGUCCAAUUGCUUGGGAAUCUCGUAAACAGAAGACUGUGGCACUGUCAUCCACCGAAGCGGAGUACAUGGCCCUCACCGAAGCCGCAAAGCAAGCCACCUACCUGCGGCAUUUCCUCCUGGAACUUGGUUUUAAUACAUUGGCAGAAAUCAAGGUCUUUUGUGAUAACAAUGGAGCUCGAAAACUGCCGAGAACCCCAUAUUCCAUAGUCAAACGAAGCACAUAGAUGUAAGGCAUCAUUAUGUACGGGAAGCACUGAGCCGAGGAGAAUUUACAAUCGAGCACGUUCCCUCCUCCGAAAUGGUAUCAGAUAUAUUAACAAAAUCCGUACCAGCGCACAAGCUUCGAAAAUGCAUCAGCAUCCUAGGUUUAUCAAGGAUUUGAACUUGCGGCGAGGGCUAGUCUUAGUCUCGAGGGAGAAUGUUGGAGCAUUGUCGGGUACGUUCCUAUGACUAGCCGGAACUACGGAGGCACUGGCUGUCUUACAGGUGGCGUCUCAGUUUAUGGAAGGACACGCAUCUUUAUCAUCUACCUAACCAGUGUGUUCCCUUUUUUGAUCUCAGAGACGAACACCUCGUUUUUCUCUUGUAAUAACCACGCUAUAGUUUUGACUCAUUAAAUAUUCACUAAAAUCAA